AUGGAAUCGCCUCCAAUUUCUAACAUACAACAAAGAGCUUGGAGCCACGGGACAAGACUUUCUCUACCUCCCAUUUCUCAUUCUUUUGUUCUUCAAUUCCGCAUAGUCUAUUAUCUCCGACCAUUCACACGCUUUUCCUCCGCUGACUACUGCACAAUCUCGAGCAGUCGAAUCAGACCCCACUCCCAAACUUAUUCAAUAGUAACCAGCUUUUUAAUCCAUAAUAUGAACGCCGCAUCCCAGGGUGACGCGGCUCUCGCGAAGUCUGACUUUGUGAGCGCACUUCAGCACUACACUCGAGCUCUUUGCGAACUUCCCCGCGCCCCAGCUUAUUACAUCAAACGUUCGAUCGCAUACCUCCGCCUAAAGCCCGCAGACGGCGGCCCGAACGUCAAGAAUGCACUUCGCGAUGCUGAAAUUGCCGUAAUCCUUGCACGUGAGCGUGCGAAGCGUGACCUCAUCUGCUCUGCACAGAUGAGGAGGGCUAUAGCCCUUUACCAGAUGGAGAGAUAUGGGGAUGCGGCGUUUCUAUUCGGGUUAUUGGAGGAGAAGGUGCUUGGAGACAAGAAAGAAGGUGGGGAUGCGGCUGACAAGGUGAAGGAUGUUAUGAAUGCGUCGAAGGCGUCGGGGCCAAUGAAGGGGGUUGCGCAGGAGCUGCAGAUUUGGCUAAUGAAGAUCAAUGCGAAGCUUGGCGGUUUAGAGGAUGGGGAUGAGAGGAUGAAGGUUACCGUUGAAGAAGUUCCGGUUGGUGUGAAGGUGCCGUCGGACAAGGAGUUGAAGAAGCAGUGGGAGGCCAUGAAAUCUGGGAACAUUAGCGGUGAGAAUACCAGUGCUGGUGCUGGCCCUGUUGCAGGCAAAAAGGAAACCGAGGAAACGAGUGCUGAGGCUGUGAAGGAAAAGGCUGCUCCUCCAGUUUCAGCUCCACCUCAGACACAAGACAAAAUCCGGCAUGAGUGGUAUCAGUCAAACGACUCUGUUGUCGUGACGCUCUACGCUAAAGGCGUGGACAAGGAGAAAGUGGAUGCAGAAAUCAAGAGUGACUCGGUAUCUGUACAAUUUCCCCUCCCGUCGGGUGCAGACUACGCUUUCAAUCUCGACCCCCUCUUCGCCUCCAUCGACGAAUCCGCUUCCAAAGUCACCACAUUCUCAACCAAAAUUGAACUCGUCCUGCGCAAGCAGGUUCCCGGUCAGAAAUGGGGCUCUCUCGAAUCAUCGUCUACCGAUAUUAAGUCUUCUACUAUCACUCCUACCGCUGCCUCUUCCGCCCCAAAAUCCGCUCCAUCUUACCCAACUUCCUCGCGCCAUGGCACCAAAGACUGGGACAAGCUUGCUUCAACUCUCACGGCAAAGAAAUCAAAGAAACCUCGUGCAAAACAGGAUGAAAAGGCCAAGGAAAAGACCGAGGGUGAAGACGAAGAAGACUCUGAUAACGAGGGGUCCGUAGAUUCUGAGUAUGGCGGAGACCCCGUAGAUGGGUUCUUCAAGAAACUAUACGCAGGGGCGGAUGAGGACACUCGCCGUGCCAUGGUGAAGAGUUUUGUUGAGAGCAAUGGAACCUCCUUAAGCACGAACUGGGGAGAGGUGGGCAAGGGCAAAGUGGAACCUUACCCAGCUAACGACUGA